AGGGCACAAGAACUCGCGCCGACAACCAUCCCACAGUCUGCUCUGCCCGCGCCGUCACCGUCGCAGCCAGGAGAAGAUGUUGCGAGCUGUCGUGUUUUGUGGCAGCAUCCUGUCUUUGCACUUUUUCCUCUGCGCCCGUUCUCUGCCGGUGUACGGCCAGAGGACCGCCAAGCAGCUGCAGGGAUGGGCUCACAGCAGCAGUCAUGCUGGUCUGAAGAAGAGGGCAAAUCAUGAACAGGACACACUAAAUGAAGAGUUUAGUGUGAAGUCCCAGAAUGACACAGAUUUCUGGAACCGUCCUCGCUGUGGAGUCCCAGACUAUCCCACCAUAAAACAGCUCAGCACGACGUAUUACAGCGGGAAGAAGAGGACGGGGGGCCUGAGCAGGCAGCAGCGCAGGAAGCGAUAUGCGCUCUUUGGUGGGCGAUGGGAGAAGACAGACCUAACUUACAAGAUCAUUCGUUUCCCCUGGCAGAUGAGUGAGGACAAAGUGCGGAGUGUCUUCCAGGAGGCGUUUGGAGUGUGGGGGGCCGUAACUCCUCUGAGGUUCAUUGAGGUCACCAGUGAGAAAGCUGACAUCAUUAUUGACUUCAACAGGUACUGGCAUGGGGACAGCUUACCAUUCGAUGGUCCAGGAGGGAUCCUUGCUCAUGCCUAUUUCCCCCAGACACACAGAGAGGGAGAAGUCCACUUUGACUAUGAUGAGCAGUGGACAGUGGGCAACAAUGUCGGCACAGACCUCCUCCAAGUGGCAGCUCAUGAGUUUGGCCACGUGCUGGGCCUGCAGCACUCCCUUGAACCCGAUGCUGUGAUGUGCCCAUUCUAUAGUGACACUUACCCUCUGCAGCUGAGCGAGGAUGACAAAAGGGGGAUCCAGUAUCUGUACGGACCUCCUCGGUACACACCGCCUGUGAUCACAGAGACCAAUGAGAUUGAGAGUGAACUGCCAAGUGCCUGCAGAACGAUCUUUGAUGCCGUGUCCAUGAUCAGGGGAGAGCUCUUCUUCUUUAAGUCUCAAUAUGUUUGGCGAAUCCGUGACGGACAGCUGCAAGCUGGAUAUCCAGCUUUGUCAUCGCGUCACUGGAAAGGAAUUCCUGACCAUAUUGAUGCUGCUUAUGACGACAAGUCUGGCAACAUCUGGUUUUUUGAAGGUGACAACUACUGGGUGUUUGAUGCUGAAAGGAAGAUAACAGGACCAGAUUCAGUGAGGCGGCUCGGUCUUCCUGUAAGCGACAUCCAGGCAGCUUUGAAGUGGGAAGAGGACCAUACUGAGAAAGUCUACCUCUUCAAGUCCGGUUACUAUUGGCCCUUCAAUGUUCAGGAGAAUCGAAUCGAGGACAUCCGUCCUCGCAGCAUGCAUGAGUGGACGGGAAUGCCCAGCCACAUUGAUGGAGCUUUUUUGGACAGAUAUGGCUAUGCCAAUUUCCUGAGUGGACUGCACUACUGGAAGUUUGACCCUGUGGCGUUGAAGGUACUGGAAGGCUAUCCCCGGAGCAUUGGCAUGGAUUUCUUUGGAUGCUCUGCCUCUCUGUCCAAAUAAGUUAAUAUACAUCUGCAUUACAUCUACAAGUCAAUGGAAUGUAUUUUUUCUGUUAAAUUUCCCAUACAAAACACUCCAGAUAUUUUGGAAAUGUUCAGUCUGGAUUUCAUAAAGAUAUAGCACAUGAAUUUAACAACAAACUCAAAGUCUUUGCCUGUUGUAGUACAUGCAUAUUUCCAGUUUCAAUAUACACAAAUGUAAUCUGUCUAUAUUUGCCUACUUUUGCAGCCAGAAAUUUCUGUCAGUUUGAGAAUACAAUCUGGAGACAGCUACUAAACAGACAACACAAGCAAACUGAGACUUUCAAUAGGCUGAGGGGGCGAUCAGGGAGAGUGGAAACAUAAGGGUAACAAGACACAACUGAAACUAAUCAAGGACAAUGAGACAAAGGAAGUGAAAGUAAGGACAAAGCACAAGAUGGGGAGCUAUCAGUACAGAGGCAAAGAUUGGACAAUAAGACACAAGAGGACACUGUGGAGGGAGGGGCAAACUAACACAUGUGAACAAAUACAAAUACUCUAAACUUUAACAGAAACCAGAUUACAAAAGAAUACCUAAAAUACCUAAAGUCUAAGAAUCCUAAAGACAAGGUCAUAAUGAAACCAGAAAACAUCUAAUAACUGAGUGAGGAGACAAACUCAAAGAAUUCAAAACCCUCAAAUAAUUAUAAAACAAACAGGAAUCAAUGAGAAAUAAAACUAAAACUAUGUGCAAAACUAACUGAGGCAGACACACAAAGAAACACGAUCAACUACAGAAAUAAAGUCUGAAUGCUAUAACUGAGAACUCAGAAUAGCAAAACUCACAGAAAACACCUAAAGGAAACAAUGAACAAACCAAGAACCAGGCAGAAAACCUCCUAACACAGUCCUCCACUGUAGCACUCCAACCUAAUCAAAUAAAUUAAUGAAAAUUAAAAGACCAACGUGUGGAAAUAAAAUGGCAUCUGUUCAAAGGGAUUUCUCUGAAGUUUGCAGAUUGCAACCAGAUGAAUACCUCUCACCUUACCCUCCACUUACAUGGAAACUCUAUUACAGCUGCUACAACUGUGAAAAGCAGCGUACAAAGGCAGCGUAGAUAUCAAUCUAAGAUCAUGUGAAAAUAACCCCACUUACUGGGGUUAGGUUA